ACAACGAUAAGGAAUAACCCACCUUUUAUACAAACUAACCUUCAAUCCAAUUCAUUAGGAACAAAAAAAUUUCAGUGUCGCUGACUGCUAAUAAAACUAACAACAUAAAUGACCUUUUUUUGAGAUGGCACUUAAACUUGAUACCUGUAGCUGUGAUAUUAGCCAAAUGUGGGUACAUUAAAACAGUGAAGGUUCAUAGCACAAUUUCAAGUGCAAACUGUUCGUUUCUUGUCGUUAGUUUGUGACUGAAGUUUGUACAGAACGGAUCAUGUUCUUCCUGCCAGCGUUCAUUGUGGUGCUAGGAUUAAUUAUCUACUGGUGUAAACUGGUAAGAGACAGUGCCCAAUUCGCGGCACAUGUUCCAGGACCAAGAUCGUACCCUAUUAUCGGUUCUACUCACCUGUUUAUGGGCUCCGAUGAGCAAACGUUCAGUGUAAUCAAUGAGUUGUUUCGCAAGUAUGAUCAAAUGUUCAAACUACCACUGGGGCCGAAAACUGUCCUGUGUUUGUCACACCCGGAUCUUAUCCAGCAAGCUCUGACUAAUAGAGCAUGCCAGGAUAAGGCAUUUUUCUACCGUUUUCUCGAGAUGGAUUAUGGAUUACUCUCGUCCCGCUACGCGGAUUGGAAGCUGUACCGCAAACUGUUAAAUCCUGCAUUCAAUCAACGCAUCUUGAUUAGCUUCAUAUCGAUAUUUAGCCGUUGCUCGGCGGAUAUGGUUGCACGCAUGGCUAAAGAGGAAGAUAGCCCUAAACCAUUCGAUGUGCUCCACUAUACGUCACAAUGUACGUUGGAAAUGGUGUGUGCGAGCUCGCUGAAAAGUGACAUUACGGAUGAUCCACAUGCAAAAGAUGUUUGUGGUGGUAUUGAAAAGAUAUGUUCUAUUAUGAGCAGCCGUCUAUUUAACGUGUUGCUAUACAGUGACUUGUUAUUUACUCUGACACAACGCUAUAAAGAAAUGCAGAAACUGCGCAUCAAAUUACAACGUGUAGUAGAUCCUAUCUUAUACGGACGACGCGAGGAAAUUGUGCAAGAACGAUUGGAAAAUUUUCAUUCCGACAGCGAGGAACAUUAUCGAAAGCCAAUGGUGUUCCUCGAUCAGCUGUUAAACACAAAACGUGGUGAUGAAGAUCUAGCAAUGAAGGAGAUCGAAAAUCAUAUCUAUACCAUCAUAGGAGCUGGCAGUGAAACUUCAGCCAACCAAGUCGCCUAUAUCUUGUUGCUACUGGCAAUGCAUCCAGAUGUACAGGAUCGCGUGUAUGAAGAAAUCCGCUCCAUAUACGGAGACUCGUCGCUAAACGUAUCGUAUGAAACAAUUUCCGCUCAAAACUAUCUAGAUCAAGUGAUCAAAGAAACAAUGAGACUGUUUCCGGUUGCGCCCCUUAUUGGUCGGGAAACGAUCGAGACGGUAGAGCUGGGAGAUGUUGUUGUCCCGCCCGGAGUAACGCUGCUUAUGAAUAUUCUCACCGUGCACCGCAACAAGGACCUAUGGGGUGAACGGGCGCAUGUGUUUGAUCCUGAUCGCUUCGAUCCUUCGACUUAUGAUACAGACAAACAUCAUCCGUUCAGCUACAUUCCGUUUGGAGGUGGACCAAGAAAUUGUAUCGGAUAUCGAUACGGCAUGUUCACGAUGAAAAUUAUGGUCACUCAAGUGCUUCACAGUUAUGUGUUGUCCACUCCGCUCUCGCUUAACGAUUCUUUAAAACUGUCGUUUGCAGUCACUCUCAAAACAGGUGUAGGGCAUCAAAUACGCAUUAAACGUAGACUGAAUGUUUUGCAGUGACGAUGUUGGAGGAGUUUGAACAAAAUAUGAUUAUCACAUACAAAGAAUGGCCCUUAAACUAAUCCAUGCAAGCAGUAUUGUGACGUAAUAUUGAUAUUUGAUAGCAUUUACUCAUCUUAUGUAGACCACAUAAUACUUAUUUCAGUAUUUUACUAUUGUUCAAAAAUCAUCUGUUGGCCUGUUUUAGCCUGUAAACAAUGUUGUGUCAUAUUCUUACUCAGUCUACCUCAAUAACUCAUUAGAAAACUAACGAAACCAUAUCAUUUUGCUUAGUAUUAAUUUUUACAGCUAUCAUUUGAUACCUUCCUUUCGGUUUAGAGAGUCCCCGAGACACAAUCUAAACAAAUUAGAAAAAACACAUAAUUGUAAUGCCUUCAAAUUCGAACCAACAAUUUACUAUAUUUUUUUUAAUAUUUUCCCACAAAAAAACCGGUUUAAAAUA